UUCUCUUCACCCCUGCCUCAUUUCCCAUCAUAAACAAAUACACAUUAUUAUAGUGAGUGAUGGAGAAUUUUCACUCUGUCUAUAAUGAAGGCAUCGCUUUCUCUUAACAAGCCUCGACCUGGCAAGAAAAGACAAUUUCACUUCUACGACACAAAAGCCAACACUACAGUCGAAUUUACAAGUUCUAGUCAGAAUAGUUCAUCAAAACAAAGAUUUGGAGACAAACAUGCUGGACACAAAAAUUGUUUUCCCUGCAUAUUUAACGAGUACAAGGAGAGACAAGCUGUCUUAUUUGAAGAAGAUAGUGUGCCACUGCAAGGUGAUUGGCAACAGAGUGGCUCAAGCACGACUUGCAAGAAUUCAAUAUCAAAUUUUUUCAUCAAAGCUAAGUCAGACAAAAUAUUUACAUCAAACGGCUGUAUCGUAGAACCCGAAAAUUUACAAAAAAAAGGAGCGAAACAUUUAACACAGUCGAAACGGAACGUUCUACCUCAUGAAAAAGUGACAAAGCUGAGGACUGAUGAUAAGGAUAAUGUCUUGCUGACAUCCUUGUCAAAACGUCAGACAAACAAUGUAGCCAACGCCGACUUACAUUCGAAAGUGGUAAGAGAGACGGAAAACAUCACGUCAUUAAAGAGACAGUACAGUGAUUUGAAUCAGGUUUUUGCCGCGGAUUCUGUGUCUGAGUUUACAGUCGAAAGAAGCAACAAUAAAAUCAAACGACAAAAGAUUUCAGAACGUGAUUGCUCUAGUGUUGCAGACGAUGCUGUUUAUGAUGAUGAGGAAUAUUGCGACGGAAAUCUCUUUAACUGUGAUGAUGAGCUCUUUUUUGCUUCAUGUGAAAGCAAUGACGGAAUGUGCAGCGACGAAGGAGAAAUUGAUGAGUUACCUUGUGAGCACGUGCAGGCUGAGUGUGACUUUAAUGUUCCAAGUCCAGGAUCUCCAGUAUAUCUUUCGCCUAAACGUUCAACCGUAGCGACAUUUGAUGAUUGCAGUAGUGUGCCAUUAAUAGAAAAUGACGAUCUCCUGUUGAAAAACGCGAAAGCAAAAUCGUUUCAUCAUUUGAAGAAGAAAAUCCUUGUUGAAGAUGCGUCACAAUCCACUUCAAACGACGACCCUUUAAGCUUUCCUGAAUUCACUCCGAGUGAAAGCAGUUCUUCGAUGAAUUCUUUAAAUGAUGUCCAAUCGAAGCUUGUCAAAUUUUCGAAUGAUUACGUGUCUGUUCUGGAAGAAAUCGCUGACAUAUUAAAAUCUCUUGAUGAUGAUUUGAUGGAAAAUGUUUUGGGACGUGAUAAAUAUGAUUUAUACAAGAAAAAACAAGUCGAAAGGAAUCGAUUGAAAGCGGAGAAGAGACGACUUUUUGUGAUGAUGACGAAUUCAUCCAACACCGAGAAACAAAGCCAUAUGGCGAAAAAAAGCGGGCUCAUCUCAACAACAAACCCAUCAACGCCAUAUCCUAGAUUGCCUCUGCCAUCCUCCUGUGCAGGCACAAAAGUUAGUGACACCGUGGAAGGGAAAGGGAAUUCUCUCCCUGACGAUGGAUACAGAAGUGAAUUCAAAAGAAAAGAUUAUGCUUUCAGUGAGCUCAUGAACUCGGCUUUACGUCAAUCAUUUGGCUUGAAAUCUUUCCGAUCAAACCAGCAAGAGGCAAUUACUGCUGCUUUGUUAAAUAAAGAUUGUUUCAUACUCAUGCCAACGGGUGGAGGCAAGAGCCUUUGCUACCAGCUUCCUGCUAUCAUAUCUGCCGGUUUGACAAUUGUGGUCUCUCCUUUAAAGUCUUUGAUUCAGGAUCAAGUGAUGAAACUUGUGUCAAAUCAUAUUCCUGCUAAGCAGAUGACUGGUGAAACAUCGGACAGGAUUGUGGGCAUUAUUUAUCGUGAUUUACAAAGCGCUGAACCACAAACCAAACUCCUCUAUGUUACUCCAGAAAAACUUAGUGCUAGCGACAAACUUAUCUCGACUUUGCAGAAUCUUUAUCAACGUAAGCGAUUGUGUAGAUUUGUCAUUGACGAAGCUCAUUGUGUCAGUCAAUGGGGCCACGAUUUUCGUCCCGACUACAAGAAACUCUCAGCUUUAAAAGAAAAGUAUCCACAAGUUCCCAUCAUGGCACUGACUGCCACAGCUACACCGAGGGUUCGCAAAGAUAUUGUGACGCAAUUGCGAUUGAAUGACUGCAUGUGGUUUAGUCAAAGUUUUAAUCGUCCAAACUUGCAAUUUCUUCUGCAAGCGAAAAAGAAGAAGGUCGGUGAUCAAAUUACCGAGACGAUUAGAAAUUUCCACGCCAAUGAUUGUGGGAUAAUAUAUUGUUUAUCAAGGAACGAGUGUGAUAAACUGGCGGAUGACCUACGUUGCACUGGUAUUCAGGCCAUAUCAUAUCACGCUGGACUGUCUGAUCCUGAGCGAGCCCGUGUUCAAGAAGACUGGAUCCGAGAUCGUUGUAAAGUGAUCUGUGCGACAAUAGCGUUUGGUAUGGGCAUAGACAAACCUGACGUCCGUUUUGUUUUUCAUCAUACCCUCCCAAAGUCCCUUGAGGGUUAUUUUCAAGAAUGUGGGCGCGCAGGUCGUGAUGGACAAAAUUCCGUUUGUAUUUUGUUCUAUAAUUAUGGCGAUGUUCAUCGAUUGAAGAGGCUGCUUUCCUCUGACAAGACGAUGAACACGACAUCGCUAAACGUUCACAUGAACAAUCUUUACCGCGUCGUGCAAUACUGCGAAAAUAUAACUGAAUGCAGACGUUUGCAACUCCUUGAGUAUUUUGGAGAGACAGGAUUCGAUCCCAGAGAAUGUCGCGACAAUCAUGUGACGAUGUGUGAUAAUUGCUCUCAGGUUAACAAAAUGACUCAGCUUGACGUUACUAGAGACACCAAGUUGAUUGUUGAGUCUGUGAACCAGUUGAUCCAUCGUGAAAAUAGUAACUGGGCAAGACCAAUAUCUCAAUUGACCUUAAACCAACUUGUUGACGUUUUCAAGGGUACUCAAAAUCCCAAGAUCGAACGCGAGUCGCUUGAUCGUUGCACGAUGUACGGGAAAGCAGACGAAAAAUUCAAUCGCAACGAUGCGGAAAGAUUAUUUCGUAUGUUGUUGAUGCAAGAUGUACUGGCAGAAGAUUUGACUGUUGGUACUCAUGGUCAGGUAAUCUCCUACUUGAAACUUGGUCCAAAAGCCAUGAACUUUAUGCAAGGCAAAGUGAAGCUACCGGCUUUUCACAAACGCGUUUCGAAAGCUUCAAAACGUUCUUUGGAAAUCAGCCAGCCUGAUUUUGCAAGCAACAUGAAAGUAACUAGUACUUGUUACGAACAAUUGGUCAUGUGUUGUAAGCGCUUGGCCGAAGACAGAAAUAUCAAACCGCAUCAUGUCUUUGCCGACGUCACCCUUCGUAAAAUGGCCGAGAUGCUUCCGAUGACUCGCGACGAGAUGCUCGAUAUUGAGGGAGUGACGGAGUACAAAAUGAACAACUUUGGGCAGCAGUUUUUAGAGUUAACAUUGGCGUACAGUGGGGCUGUUUCGACAUCAGAGACUGCAGAACUUGACAAUUUUGAUGCAGCAAAAGAGAGAAAUGACGUUAGGUCGAAAGAAUCUCAAUCGCCGUAUUGGGCAUCAGCUCAGAACUUCGAUAUCAUCAGUAAUAAGGCAUCAAACUUUCGAAGAAAAGGAAAGAUUCAAGGAAAAAAGAGGAAUUGGAAAAGUAAAGUUUCAAAAAAGUCAACAAGCUCGACCAAGAAAACUGCCCUGGCUUCAAAUAAUGCCAACCUAGGUGCCAGCAACCAUAUUGUAGGCAAAUACCAAAGUUUUGCGAAAAAUCGAAAUCUUGGCUCUGUACGAACUCCAGGUUUUCUCAGCCUACCAGGGAAGAAAUAAAACUAUGGUAAAUUGUGAUUGGUGAAGGCAAGGAACACUGUUCGCAUAUGCUCAAAAAGAUUUUUAUGGAUUCAGUGCAACCACCGGAUGUAUUACUUUCGGUGUAUAGUAUACUGUUGCCCACUGUGUAAUGACACAGUUAAUUGCUACAUAAAUGAAUGGUAAUAAUGACCAUUAUGUAGCUUGUAGAUUUUGUUAAAAUACGGGCCUGGUGACUUUAGGUUAAGGCUGGUUUUGUUCCUGCGAAAACUAAAGAUCAAUAAUAGUCAGUUCACUAGAAUUUUCAACGCUUUUCUGCGAGGGGAAUCGCGUGAAGCACACGAUGUAUUCUGUUCCGUUUUAUUCGUUACUUUUAUUGGUCAUUAAAAACACUUAAACUUGGUAAAUACUCGACAUUCUAUUUUUUAAAGAAACUCUCUUUUGUAAAAAUCGCCGUAAUAUAGUAUAGUGUAGAAUCUGUACGUACGUACGCUAAUUCAAAGAUUGCUUGGUUUUGAGUGCAUUUUUAAGAAAACUCACGAAUCCAUGUUUAGAUCCUUCGCAGUGGGGGGUGUUUAUUCACAUGUUCAGUUGUGCCUGAUAGAUUUCUUUUGAAAAAGAAUUGCUGAAUUCACUAUUCUUAAGCAAGGGGAUGAUUACAUGUAGCAUUUUCGACUCUGCGCAGCAUUGAGCCCGUUAAGUAAUGGAAAUUUAUUCCAUUUAAAUGGAAAACCUCAUCCCCGAGGAUAGAAAUUAACGGGAAUCUAAUCUAAUAGUCAUGUAAAAUAUAAAACAAAAAAUCAUGUCUACAUGACGUAAUUUUCGUCCCAGAUCUAAGUUCAAUAUUGGGCUAAAAUUAUAUUGAGCUGAAACAAUGUUUAAAUUUCAGCACCUGGUUGAACUCAAAACAGGGUUUAAAAUUUCACAUAUAAUCGCACGUUAGAUACAACGAAUGUUUUCGUAUUACGACUACGCUUAAAUUUCAACUCGGGCUCUGUUCAGUCUAAGGCUGAAAUUGCUCCUUGUUAUAAGCCCCUAAAUUGCUUUCAAAAGAAAUCGGGUAAUACCAGCUGAAUAUAUGAGUAAAACAUACCCCUAUUAAUGUUCUACAUAUAAACAUUAUUUUUUGCAAUUUUUAUAUCAAAAAAGAUGUUCUUGCUCGAUAUUUAUCCUCCCCAGGCCUAAAACAAACUUAGUGUCAGGAAAACGUUAGUAAAGUACUCAAUAUGUACAUUUUUUAAUAAAAAAACAUUUUUGAAAACAUCUGUACCAUCAAAAAUGCAAUAAAUGCCUUUAACUUGCGUCA